AUGAUCACUAAUCGAUCAUAAAAAAAACUACUAAAUUACAGUCCACUUCCAAUUGCAAAAUCAGAAUCCUUACUGAAAGACAUCUCUCGAUUAGAUGAAUAAAUAUCUUUUUUCAAUUCUUACAUACAAAAAUAAAAAACAGAUAAAAUUAAAAGAAAAAUUCCAUUUUAAUGUUCCACUCCAUUAAGAAUUCAAGCUCUUAAAUUGAAUCUAAGUUUUAAUAAAACAAAAUAAAAUAAAUCCUUAUUGAAUAGAAAAUAAAUUGCAAAUGAAUAAUCUCAUUUAAUUACUGGUAAAAAGACAUAAUAAAAUGAAGAAAAGUUUAGCCGAACUAAAAAUUCAAUUUCAAGAUGGGAAGAACAAAUAGAUUAAAGUGAAUCCUUUUUUUUAUAUCAUUUUUGA